AUGCUGAGCCUGGCGCUGCGCCUUAUGGCUGCGGCUGGAGAGGUGACCCUGCCAAACGGCGAGCGCGCCGCCCUCCACCUCGGGAUCUGCACCGGCGCCGCCUCGGCCGCCAUCAUCGGGUCCGAGGGAAUGGCGUUCAUCGCCGCCGGCCCCGCCGUCCGCGCCGCGCGCGGCCUCGCGGACUGCGGGGCGCCGCUCGCCCUCGCGGAGAGCACGUGGCUGGAGCUGGGCCCUGCCGCGCGCGUCGGGCCCGGCGCCGCUGUCGGCGGUGGGUGGCGGUGGGUAAAGCGGCUGGGGGUAGCCGAGGCCGACGGCGGUGCACCCAUCGACGCACGGCUCCUGCUGCCUGGCUGUGACGACGGCUGCUGCGACUGCGGCGUCACAGCAGCUGCGACAGCCGCCGGCUGCGGCGUGUCCGCCCGCGGAGCCGGCGCCCCGCCAGCCGUGUGCGACGCAAGGGGCGCCAAGUGCAGCUGUAGGGCGUGGGUUCUGGGCUGCGGCUUCACCGACCCUGACCUGGAGGGCGAAUUUGCUGCGUGGCACGACGAGUCUAUGGUCACCGUCGACAAGGUGAUGCUGCUGCCCUCCCUGCUCAACGCCACGGCGGCCCUCGCCCACCACGCAUGCAGCGGCCGGUGCGGCGGCCCCGUCGGCGCCGGCUCGGUCGCGGCGGCACAGCUGCUGCCGUGGGGCUACCUGUCAAUCCUGGGCCCCGCCACGGCGCUGCUCUCUCUCCUCCUGCUGGACCCGCUACUGCGCUGCGGCCAAACGCAUUGGCGCGUACAAGGCGGCCGCGUCGUUGAGGCGACGAAAUUCGCAAUCAAGCUUCUGGCGUUGCUGCUGCGGUCGAGCAUGCCUGCGCCGGCGCCGGCGCGGGCUGUGUGGCUGCUGGGCACGCUGCCGUCCGCCCUGACUUGCAAGCUGCGCCUCCAAUGGCAGCUCCUGCUCUCAGCCUCCGCUUUGCUGCUCACCACCGCCGCCGCCGCGGCCGGCUUGCUCGACCCCGAGGGGUCGUCCAAGGGCGGGGCGGGCGCUUUGGGCGGCGCGCUGGCGGCCGCGGUCCUGCACUGCGGGAUCGUGUAUGCGUGGGACGCGCGCCUUCGGGCAGCGUUCCUCAACGCACGCCGCGGCUCCUGCGACCUGAAGGCCAAGCAUGCUUGA